GUGAAUUUGUCAGUGUUCUGGCUGCGUAGAAUACGAAGUUUCUGACAGGAGGAUUAUUUCCCAAAAAAGGCGUCUUGUAAAGUUUCAUUGCCUAAAGGGAAUCAGAAAGUUUGUAGAAAAUGUUUCGUCUCCUAGUUUGCUUGUGCGCUUUAUUAGCGCUAGGUAAUACAAAUUUGGUCAGGAUUCAGUUGCAUAAAAUAGACAGUGUUAGAAAACAAUUCAGGGAGCUUGAUACAGAACUAGCUCAAGUGCGUAUGGUGCGAGGAACGGGUGCUACACCAGAGCCUCUUUCCAACUACCUUGAUGCUCAAUAUUAUGGAGUGAUCCAUAUCGGUACUCCACCGCAAGAAUUCAAAGUAAUUUUCGACACUGGUUCCUCGAACCUUUGGGUUCCAUCUAAGAAGUGCCAUUUGACCAACAUUGCCUGCCUAAUGCACCACAAAUAUGAUAGCAGAAAGUCGUCCACUUACAAGAAGAACGGUACCGAAUUCGCCAUUCGUUAUGGCACUGGAAGCCUCUCUGGUUUCUUAUCUACUGAUACCAUAGAUAUCGCCGGAAUGAACGUUAUGGAUCAGACAUUUGCCGAGGCAUUGAGUGAACCUGGUUUAGCUUUUAUCGCUGCCAAGUUCGAUGGUAUCAUGGGAAUGGCUUAUUCCACGAUCUCUGUAGAUGGUGUAACGCCAGUGUUUUAUAAUAUGGUCAAACAAGGAUUGGUGCCUGAACCGGUUUUCAGUUUCUACUUGAACAGAGACCCCAAGGCACCUUCUGGUGGAGAAAUGUUAUUGGGAGGUUCGGAUCCCAAUCAUUAUGUGGGCGAAUUAUCCUAUGUUCCUGUAGACCGUAAGGGUUACUGGCAGUUCAGAAUGGACAAAGUCAAAGUAGGCUCUGAUGUUACUGUGUGUGAGAAUGGAUGCGAGGCAAUCGCUGACACAGGCACUUCAUUGAUCGCUGGUCCUGUGGACGAAGUCCGUGCUAUCAAUCAAAAGAUUGGAGCUACACCAAUUGUAGCUGGAGAAGCCAUAGUUGACUGUAACUCAAUUCCAACCUUGCCUACGGUUACAUUUACAUUCGCUGGUCGCGAUUUCCCGCUGCGAGGAGAGGAUUAUGUCUUGAAGGUGACACAGUUAGGAAAGACAAUUUGUAUGAGUGGAUUCAUGGGAAUUGACAUUCCUAAACCAAAUGGUCCGCUAUGGAUUUUGGGAGAUGUAUUCAUUGGCCGUUAUUACACUGAAUUCGAUAUGGGAAACAAUCGCAUUGGUUUCGCCGAAGCUAAAUAGAUAUAAUAGUUCACAGACGCUUCUGCAACGUGUACUCGUUCCGCCAAUUACGUACGGUACACCUAUUUUAGUCUAUUUGACCAUUGUCUUUGUCUUCUAUGUUCGCUCAGAUUGCAUUUUUCUGCACCCACACUGUAUAGUAUCAUAAUAUCGAAAAUAGGAAUAUGUAGAGCUAAGCAAAGGAAAACAUAUAAUUGCAAAAGGUGUAAAAUGAAUUCCUAUACUGAACAAAGAAUUUACGAAGAACAACGCAAUAAAUCAUUUUUUUUUCAUAUA